GCACGCUUUUCUAUGCGAUAUUCUCCUCCUUGUCACACUUCAUCACCCAGCAAUUCCAGCCUGUUUAAAACUACAAGAGAAGUCCUACCACUUUUUCUCUCAAACUCUUCACCCCCUUUAUUAUCUCUCUCUCCAAAAACUUCAUCAGCAAUAUGAUUUCCAAAACUCAGCAACUCCUGCUUUGAUCUUCAACUGAAGAUUAAACUUCUUCUUCUCAAAAAUCAUUCGAAGAGGUUAUUGUCAGUUAUCUCUAUUUCAUAACAAUGGAUCCAUGUCCAUUUGUGAGAAUUUUAGUUGGAAACUUAGCUUUGAAAAUACCAGUAGCAUCAAAACCAGCACUUUCAGGUGUACAUCCGUCGAGUUCACCGUGUUUUUGCAAGAUUAAACUCAAGUCUUUUCCGUUACAAACAGCUAUUAUACCAUUGAUACCUUCAGAGAGUAAAGUUUCUGAUAAUCAACAUGUUAUUCAGAGUUUAGCUGCGAGUUUCCAUUUGAGUAAAGCAGAUCUUGAUAAGCUUGCAGCUAAAUCGAUUUUUGCUGGGAAACCUUGUUUGAAGAUAUCGAUUUAUACUGGGAGAAGAGGCGCUACCUGUGGAAUUAACUCUGGGAGACUAUUAGGGAAAGUUUCUGUGCCUUUGGAUCUUACUGGUUCUGAAAUUAGGGCGGCUGUUUAUCAGAAUGGUUGGGUUGGAGUCGGUAACAAAGGAGACGGGACUAAUUCUACGCAGAUGCAUUUAAAUGUUAGGUCGGAACCUGAUCCUAGAUUUGUAUUUCAGUUUGAAGGUGAGCCGGAAUGUAGUCCUCAAGUUUCUCAGAUUCAAGGAAAUCUCCGUCAACCUGUUUUCACCUGCAAGUUUAGUUUCAGAAAUUCUUCUUCCGGUGACCGCAAUCUUAUGUCCAGAUCAUCAACAUUAGAACCAUCAAUCAGUUCAAGGAGUUGGUUAACAUCAAUUGGAAGUGAAAGAGAGAGACCGGGGAAAGAAAGAAAAGGAUGGUCAAUUACAGUCCAUGAUUUGUCUGGUUCACCAGUAGCAGCGGCAUCAAUGGUCACACCAUUUGUUGCUUCACCUGGUUCAGACAGAGUUAGUAGAUCGAAUCCUGGUGCAUGGUUGAUUCUUAGACCUGGUGACAAUACAUGGAAACCAUGGGGAAGACUUGAAGCUUGGCGUGAACGUGGGAGUAGUGAUGGUUUGGGGUAUCGGUUUGAGCUUCUUUUAGAUACUAAUGGUGGAAUGAGUACUACUGGGAUUUUGUUGUCUGAGUCAACUUUGCCUACUAAGAAGGGAGGUAAAUUUUCUAUAGAUAUGUCUGGACGUGGAAGUAAUACUAAUGGGAGAACAACACCAUCAAAUUCAAGUUCGCCUGCUUGCAGUCCAAGAAGCAGCGGUGAUCAUGGAUAUGGGUUAUGGCCUUACUGCUUAUACAGAGGAUUUGUAAUGUCGUCAACAGUUGAAGGAGAAGGUAAAUGCAGUAAACCAGGAGUUGAAGUCAGUGUGCAACAUGUGAAUUGCACUGAAGAUGCAGCAGCAUUUGUUGCAUUGGCUGCGGCAAUGGAUCUAAGUAUGGAUGCUUGCCAGCUUUUCUCGCAUAAGCUCCGGAAGGAAUUAUGCCAGCAACAGGAUAAUAUGUCCUGAUUUAUUAGUUAUUUUGUUAAUGUUUUGGGAUUGCUAGAGUUUUUGACGAUUGGUUUUAGUUUUCGUCACCUCGUUUUAUUAUCACUAACAAACUAGGUAUUAGAAUUGUUUGUUCUUGUGGUGUUCUUCUGGUUCUGUAAAAUUGUAUAGUGAGUGAAAUAGAGAGAGGCAGAGGAAGAAAGUAGCAAAGAAACACUGUUUUGUGUGUGACUUUGUGUGGGAUACUAGUAGUUUUUCAGUUGUAGGUUUGUUUGUUUUUUUGGUUGGAGUUUUGUUAUCUGACUGAUUUGAUCAGCUCUUAAUUUGAUUAUGGGUUGAUUAUUAAAGGGUUUGUUAUGGAUGAUCAUCUUGAUGAUAUGACUUUUCCUUUUGGUUGUUGAA